AUGGUCAAGCGAAGCAAGCUGCUUCAGGCGCUCGACGCCCACAAGGGCCGAGACUAUGACGCCGAGAAGCAGAAGAAGAUGGUGAAGACCGCGGAGAAGAAGAAGGGUACGAAGAAGAAUGCCCGUGCCGACGAGCGCAAAGAGGCCGCGGACAAAAAGGAGAAGGAUUCUGUGAGCUCAGACGAUGAGGAGGAUGAGGAGCAAGAGCAGGCAGACGACAAUUCCGCUCAAGACAAUGACGACGAAGAUGAUGAAGAUGAUGAGGAAGACGAAGAGGAUAUCCCACUGUCUGACCUCGAGGAAGACGAACGAGAGGAUGUCGUUCCGCACCAACGUCUGACCAUCAAUAACUCCGCCGCCAUCACCUCCGCCCUCAAGCGUAUUUCCUUCAUCACCCCGCAGACCCCGUUCUCGGAGCACAACUCGAUCGUGUCCUCGGAGCCAAUCGAAGUGCCGGAUCCCAACGAUGACCUCAACCGCGAACUGGCCUUCUACAAGGUCUGCCAGGCGGCCGCGGCCAGCGCGCGCGGCUUGCUGAAGAAGGAUGGCAUCCCAUUCACGCGGCCCGGGGACUACUUCGCCGAGAUGGUCAAGAAUGACGAGCACAUGGAUAAGAUCAAGAAGAAGCUGUACGACGAGGCUGCGUCCAAGAAGGCCUCGGCUGAGGCGCGCCGCCAGCGCGACCUGAAGAAGUUCGGGAAGCAGGUGCAGGUUGCCAAGCUGCAGCAGAGACAGAAGGAGAAGCGUGAUACGCUGGAGAAGAUCAAUACCUUGAAGAAGAAGCGCAAGGCCGACUCCUCUGCGCCCACUGACGACGCCAAUGACCUGUUCGACGUCGCCAUCGACGAUGCCAGCAAGCCGGACAGCCGCAAGCGCGGCCGCGCAGGUGGCGAGGGCGCCCCCAACCUCAAGCGCCAGAAGAGAGACCAGAAGUUCGGGUUCGGAGGCAAGAAGCGUCACGCGAAGAGCGGCGAUGCUGCCUCCACCGGAGACUUGCGUGGCUUCUCGACGAAAAAGAUGAAGGCUGGAGCAAAGCGGCCGGGGAAGAGCAAGCGGGCAAAGGGUCGUGCGUAA